UCUCCAAACACAGCUUCAGGGUCCCGAGUGGGAGCUGUAAGAAAUGAACGUCAUGAUGAGUCCACGCGGGACGCCGUAAACUCUUGGAGAAAGUUCCUUCAUCCACGUCAUAAGUCAGCAUGUGGAGGUCCUCAGGGGGACGCGGGGGGUCCACCUUCACACCGAGAGGUGCCGCGGCCGCGCUGACCUGUCUGUCAUUGACGCUCGUGGUUAUUGUGGGACCCCCCGGCUACGACCUGAGGGAGCCGCAUGCCGCCGCUGCGGCGGGAGGGGGCGGGCCCGUCCUCUCCGUGUAUGUCGGGAGACUGGCCCGGGAAAGGAGGGAGGUGAGCGGCGGCAGCGCGCGGAGCGGCGCCCCGCCGCCCCCCGUGGAGCGUUUGUCCCGCGAGGACGUGUUCAUCGCGGUAAAGACCACCGACAGGUACCGGCGGCCGAGGCUGGAGCUGCUGCUGGACACCUGGAUCUCUGAAAACCUGCCCCAGACUUACGUGUUCACUGAUGGAGAGAAUAAGAGGCUGAGGGAGAGAAUGGGAGCUCAUCUCAUCAUCACCAACUGCUCAGCAGCUCACAACCGCCAGGCCCUCUCCUGCAAAAUGGCUCUGGAGUACGACACUUUCAUGAAGUCGGGAAAAAAGUGGUUCUGCCAUGUUGACGAUGACAACUACCUGAACGUCAGGCCCCUUUUGGAGCUCCUGUCUCACUUCAGCCACACUAAGGACAUUUACAUUGGCCGGCCGAGCUUAGAGCGGCCAAUCGAGGCGACAGAGAGCCUCAGCGAUACUGACACAAAGCAGGUGCGGUUCUGGUUCGCCACAGGAGGAGCUGGCUUCUGUCUGAGUCGGGGUCUUGCUCUCAAAAUGAAACCUUGGGCCAGCGAUGGGACCUUCAUGGCCACGGCUGAGAGCAUCCGUCUGCCUGAUGACUGCACGGUCGGUUACAUAGUGGAGGCUUUGCUUGGGGUCGGCCUCACUCGCUCCGCGUUGUUCCACUCCCACCUGGAGAACCUGGCGCUGGUGUCAGACAUACCCAGACAGGUCACUCUCAGCUACGGCACAGUGGAAAACAGCCGCAACACCGUUAAUGUGAAGGGACCGUUUUCAGUGGAGGAAGAUCCUACCAGGUUCAGGUCUGUCCAUUGUCUGUUGUACCCGGACACUUGGUGGUGCCCCGGGGCCCGGACACUUCAGCAGCCGUCCCCAGAGCAGCAGGGAGGGGCAAACUGAUGGAGAAAACAAGCGGCUCCUCAGAGACUUCCCUGCAUCAGCCUGAUCUGACCUCUGGAGAAAGUGACUGUUUCUCCACACCAGCAUGUCUCCCACACUGACAUUUCAGGAGGAAACACUGCGGCGGGCGGCUUUUCAAAAGAACAACAGAAUAAUGACUUUUCUUUAGAGGAGACAAACUUCUGCAGGCAUCAGUAUUUGGCUUUUUCUGAAGUAACAUAACUACCGUAUUUCCGGACUAUAAGUCGCACCGGAGUAUAAGUCGCACCAGCCCAAAAA